GCCAGCAAAAGUCACAGCGCCAUUUUGUCGUACGUUUGUUAACGUUGACUGUGCGGUGGUGAAACAUGGGUUCUGCAAAAGCAGAAUCUGCCCCAAGUAACCCCAAGAACCCCGUGAAGCCCUACGGGAAAGUAAUUCUCACCCUCAAGAACAAACUCCUCCCCGAAGAGAAGCUCUCGCCGACGCCGAGCCAGAACGACGGUCUCGACAUCGAAACAGAAACCGAUUUGCGUAUUUACGGUUGUGAACUGAUCCAGACGGCCGGGAUUUUGUUGAAACUGCCUCAGGUAGCGAUGGCUACAGGACAGGUCCUUUUGCAACGUUUUUAUUAUUCGAAGAGUUUAGUGCGUCAUCCGGUCGAUCAUACGGCGAUGGCGUGCGUUUGUUUAGCUUCUAAGAUCGAAGAAGCGCCCCGGAGGGUUCGAGACGUUAUCAACGUCUUCACCCAUAUCCGACAAGUGAAUUCCAACAAACCUAUACAGCCUGUGAUACUGGACGUUAACUAUAUCCAAUUGAAAAAUCUCGUUAUCAAAGCUGAGAGGAGGGUCUUGAAGGAGCUCGGCUUCUGCGUCCACAUCAAGCAUCCGCAUAAGAUAAUCGUCAUGUACCUGCAGGUCCUCGGCUACGAGAAAAACCAAAAACUAAUGCAAUACUCCUGGAAUUACAUGAACGACUCGUUGCGGACCGACGCGUUCGUUCGGUACCAGCCGGAGACAGUGGCGUGCGCGUGUAUUUAUUUAACCGCUCGCAAGCUGCAAUUGCCCUUACCGAAAAACCCGUCCUGGUACUCGAUUUUUGGUGCCACCGAAACGGAAAUCAGGGAUAUAGCGAUUAGGAUAUUGAAAUUGUACAACAGACCAAAGCCAAACAUCGAGCACCUCGAGAAGAAAGUCGAGGAACUGUGCAAGCAGUACCACGACGCCAGGGUCAAAGCCAGGGGGAAUUCGGGGAACAACACGCCAAAUAACGACUCGUCCAGUCCCAACGCCCAGAAGACCGCGGGGGCGCACAACGCGUGGGGCGGGUUCAUCAGUCGCUCGGGGAGCCACAUAGCGCCCCCCGUCUCGGAGAAGAGGUCGAGGUCGCGCUCGGCGAGCCAUAGUCCGGUUAGUAAACACAACCACAAGAGGUCGAAAAAGCACAGGUCGAGGAGUCGGUCGGCGAGCAGGAACCACAAAAAGAACCACAAAAGGAGGAGCUACUCGAGGUCGAGGAGUAACUCGCCGCAUAAAACGUCGAGGAAGGGGCGGGAGAAGCGGCGCUCGACGUCGCCGAGUAACGAUAGGGAUAGUAAAAACGAGCGGUACAUAGAUAGGUACGAGAAGUACGAGAAGAACGACAGGUACGAGAAGGAGAGGUAUAGCGGGAAGGAGGAGCGGGAGAGGGAGAGGUACGUGGAGAAAGAGAGGUACGAGGAGAAGAAGGAGCGGCAUGACAAAAGUGAGAAGAAGUACGAUAGGGACGACAAGUAUAAAGAGAAGGAGGAUAAGUACUCGAGUAGGGAAGAUCGGGAUAAAUAUAAGAAGUCCAAGCACGAAAAAGACAUAAGGGAGAGGUCGAAAGACCGGCGGAGAUGAAAAGUGUACAAUUGCAGAUUUUAAUUUAAGAAUACAGUGAUUUUAUGUUUUUAAACAAGUCAAAUUCUAAUGGUUAUAAUUACAUUAGUGUUAAUUUGAAAAUACAAUUUUAAUCUGUAAAUUCUGCAAUGUCGACGUUUCGAUUUUAGUUGAAGCAAUUUAUAGUUGUUUAGUCUACCGAAUUAUUUUCUAUAAGUGUACAAAUUUUCUUUAAAAAAAAUCAAAUUCGAUAGAUUAUAUUUUUUGAUAAG